UAUGAAAAAUAAAAUGAAGAAAUGGAAUCUGAGAAUUACACCAGAGUGACGGAAUUUGUCCUCACAGGGCUGUCCCAGACCCGGGAGGUGCAACUGAUCUUAUUUGUUAUAUUUCUCUCUUUUUAUUUGAUCAUCCUACCGGGAAAUGUCCUUAUUAUUUUCACCAUCAGGUAUGAUGCCCACCUGACUUCACCCAUGUACUUUCUAUUGGCAAACCUAGCCUUCCUUGACAUCUGGUAUUCCUCUAUCACAGCCCCUAAGAUGCUUGUGGACUUCUUUGCUGAAAGGAAGAUCAUCUCCUUUGGGGGCUGCAUUGCUCAACUCUUCUUCCUGCACUUUGUUGGAGCCUCUGAGAUGUUCCUGCUCACAGUGAUGGCUUUUGAUCGUUAUGCCGCCAUCUGCCGACCCUUGCACUAUGCAACCAUCAUGAACAAGCGCCUGUGUUGUGUGCUGGUGGCCUGCUCCUGGUUUGGCGGUUUUAUCCACUCCAUAAUCCAGGUGGCACUCAUCAUCCGUUUGCCAUUUUGUGGCCCCAAUGAACUGGAUAGUUAUUUCUGUGACAUCACACAGGUGGUCCGCAUUGCCUGCGCCAACACCUUCCCAGAGGAGUUGGUGAUGAUCUUCAGCAGCGGGCUGAUCUCUGUGGUGUGUUUCAUUGCACUGCUCAUGUCCUAUGCCUUCCUCCUGGUCAUGCUCAAGAAGCACUCAGGCUCAGGUGAAAGUACCAGCCGGGCCAUGUCCACCUGCUACUCCCAUAUGACCAUUGUGGUCUUAAUGUUUGGCCCAUCCAUCUAUAUUUAUGCACGUCCUUUUGAUGCUUUCUCCUUAGAUAAGAUAGUAUCUGUGUUUCACACUGUGAUCUUCCCCUUACUGAAUCCCAUUAUCUAUACAUUACGAAACAAGGAAGUAAAAACUGCUAUGAGGAAAAUGACCAACAAAUACAUUCUAUGUAAAGGGAAGUGAGUGGUCAUGAGCAUCCUCUCACUGAAUCCCAGUGAGAUUAAUAUUCCCAGAGAACACAGUCCUUGUUUUGAUAGUAUCUCUUUUGCCUUUUAAUUAGCCUCUUUUAUUUAAUUUAGGGCCUUAAACUUAUACUUGCUUCAUUUCUGAAAAAGGAAAGCAGAAGCACAGAGAUAGAAAGGAUUUUACUUCUCAAAAUAGUCUUGUAGGUUAUUUCUAAAAUCUGCCACAGGAUAAAGAACCCACAGAAUGAAAUGCCAUUCUCUGAUAUGUGCAAAGAAUGAAACAGAUUAUUGAGGUUCUCUUUUACAUCUCUCACCAAUCCCAGAGUGGGAAUAGAAAAUAAAGCCACUCCUGUCACCAACCAACACAAAAUAAAAUCUCUCAGAACAAACUGAGUAACUUUUUAAUUGAGUUUUCAUUUUAUUUUUUCUCGGUUGCAUGCAAACAAAAUUUUAGUGUUCAAUUUAAAAAACAUUAAGUUCUAUAUUCUUUCUCUACAUUCCUUUCAUCUCUCCACCUUGAGAAGGCAAUCAAUCUGGUAUAGAUAAUAUAUAGGCAAAAUAUUUCCACA